AGGUUGUCCACAAUGUGCCCACCUACGCCUCCGCAAUCACAGUCCAGUGCUGGAGGCCUUCUCUGGACACUGCUGCAAGGAAUGAGACGGUUCCACCUUUAAUUUAUGCAGCAAAAAAGUAUCAACGUGGUGCUGGCUGCUUCCGAUGAGGAAAUUGAAAGUGAAAGAAAGAUUCAGUACAGAUGUGAAACUGUGAACAGCAAAUGCCUCUCGAUAUGUCCUUUUAGAUUGCUUGCUUCAGUCUUCAUUUGGGACAAUCACCAUGGAAGUCAGUGAAGAUGCUAUCGAGCAGGAGAAAAGUAUCCGCAGGUUGAGGGAGAUGCUUCAUGUGAGUGACAUUCCUGUUCCAACAGCGACGUCUCUGAUGACGAGGUACGAUAAUGACUAUGAACUGGUGGCUCAAAGAAUCCUACACCUGAAGGACCUGGAUGAUGAAUCAGAGGGUGAAGCUGAGAACCAGGGACAGCCUGCUGCCGAGGAUGUGGUAAAGUUCAUUCUCUUUGUGCUGUCUUUUCCACUGCAUUUAAUGAAUGAAGGCAAUGUUGACCAAGACCUCCAGGACAUUGCAGACAGGUUGAAAGCUCUACCAUUGACUCAGGAUAAUGUGCGAGCGUUCAACUUGGCAAAGAGGAAUGAGAUUCCCUGCAGUCAAAGACAGUUCUCAUGCUUGGCUUGUGAUCGAAGUUGGUGGAGAGAGGUACCAGAGAGGAAACAGGUCUCACGAUGUCGUGACUGCAAAAGAAGAUAUGAUGCGGUGCCCAGAGAUCAGGAAUGGGGUCUUGCGAUGUACACUUGCCAAAACUGCAAUCACUCUUUCAGGAGUUAUGGACAGAUGGGGGUCCCUGCACCAUGCUACAGAUGCCGGAGUAUUGUCUUUCCCAUCCAGAUCAUUCCACCUGAUCGGAAUCAGUUCAGACCGGACAACAGGAGUCGGAAUCCACAUGGCUGCUGUGCUGAGGACUGUUGCAACCGACAAGAACCUUAUGUUCCUGGUACACACUGUGUCCAUCCUAGAACACGGCAGAUACGUGGUCUACCCAAAGUACUGUGUCCCAGCCAGAACCACGAGUCUACGGGCUCCACUGUGGCCAGCUGUGUCAGCCAGGGCUCCCUAAUGGAAUGCGACAUCGAGGAAAUCAUCCAGGAAGAUCUGAGUGCAAUCCCAGAGGACGAUGAAGACGACGAUGAAGAUGAAUGAAAGCCACGAGCCACAGCUCCUCCACUUGCCUUCAUCUUUACACUGGCAACCACGAUGAGGCUGAGAAUUGGGAAUCGAGGGAUGCUGUCAUUUUGAAUGUUGGAAUGUAGGAGUGGCCUGAAGCUCUACAGGCCAUUAUGAAGCCUGACUUGGUCAUUUGUUACUGAAAACAUUCUUGCUUCCAAUUGUUUAUCCUUUGCAGGUAUCAUUUCAUUAAACACUCUCCCAAAUAUUAGUUGUUUUUACAAUUUUUUUUGUUUUUUUCAAUGUUACAUCUUUAUGGAAAACUUUCAUUAAACGUCAUAGUGUAGGAACCUAAAAAUUGACAUAAAGACCUAAGGAACACGAGGAUUAAAAGGCACACACCCUUCACACCUACCUGACUAUUUAAUAAGAUCAUGGCCUACCUAAAUUGACUCCAUUUUCCUGCUCUAACCCCGUUGUCACUCAAUUUC